GACGUAACUCCGCGCUUCUGAAUCCUCAGCGCUGUGAUGGCGGCUUCCUUGGGAGGCAACGUGACUGUAAAGCGGUGAGGCGGAAACCGUCCAGUUGAGAGGAAGAGAAAUAUUAUUUACUUUUCCUUUAAGAGGUAGGCUGGAAGAUAAACUUCAUUACUUGAAGAAGUUGUAUUUAAAAAAUAAUGGCUAGCUACAAACCUGUUGUAGUCCCAUCUUUUCCAAAACUUGGUGAGAAAAUAACCAAGGAUACAUUGUACUGGAAGCAUUAUAAGGCUCCCAUUCAAAUAAAGGAAUUUGGUGCAGUGAAUAAAGUAGACUUUUCUCCAAUUCCUCCCUAUAACUAUGCUGUCACAGCUUCAUCAAGGAUUCAUAUUUAUGGUCGAUAUUCUCAAGAGCCAAUCAAAACAUUUUCUCGCUUCAAAGAUGUAGCCUAUUGUGCUACAUACCGAGAUGACGGGAAGUUGCUGGCUGCUGGCAGCGAAGAGGGUAUCGUUCGACUCUUUGAUAUCAGUGGCAGAGCAGCACUAAGACAGUUUGAUGGCCAUACUAAGGCUGUACAUGUUGUGGGCUUUCUCUCUGAUAAGUACCGCAUAGUAUCUGGAGCAGAUGACUAUACAGCAAAGGUGUGGGACAUUUCAUCUUCCUCAGAAAUAAUAUCCUACAAUGAGCAUACAGACUAUGUGCGAUGUGCCUGUACAAGUAAGCUGAAUGCAGAUCUCUUUGUAACAGGUUCAUACGAUCACACUGUGAAAGUCUUUGAUACUCGUAGAGAAAAAAGUGUGAUGACGAUAGAACAUGGGCAGCCAAUUGAGAGUGUUAAUCUCUUUCCUUCUGGAGGUCUUCUUGUGACUGCAGGUGGCCGGUAUGUCAAAGUCUGGGAUAUGCUUAAAGGAGGGCAGUUGCUAGUGUCCUUGAGAAAUCACCAUAAAACUGUAACCUGUUUGUGUCUAAGUAGUUCUGGACAGAGGUUGCUCUCUGGCUCACUGGACAGGCAUGUCAAGGUUUACAGUACAACGUCUUACAAAGUUGUCCACAGCUUUAAUUACGAAGCAUCAAUUCUCAGUCUUGCACUAGCACCUGAAGAUGAAACUCUUGUUGUUGGCAUGACGAAUGGAAUACUCAAUGUUAAGCAUAGGAAGCACGAAGGAGGAAAGGCACUUUUGAACAAAAGGAGAAGGCCUGUUUAUAGAACCUUUGUGAAAGGACGAAAUUACAUGCCAAAACAGGAUGAUUUCUUUGUCAGUAAACCUGUGAAAGCAUAUAUGAAGAAAUAUGACAAACUCUUGAGAGGUUUUGAGGUCUCCAAAGCUCUGGAUGCAGUACUUCAUGCUCAUGGGAAAAAUAACUUCCCUGAAGUUGCCGUGGCUGUCAUGCAAGACUUAAACCGCAGGGGAACGUUGAAAAAUGCCCUUGCGGGGCGAGAUGAAGAACAGCUGAGAGUCCUCCUUUCUUUUCUAAUAAGCCAUGUGACAGAUGAAAGAUUUGCUCCUGUGCUGGUCAACGUUGCAGAAAUGAUCAUUGAUAUUUAUAUGCCAGUUGUUGGACAGUCUCCAGUUAUCGACAAGCAAUUUUUGAAACUUCAGGAACUUGUAGAAAAAGAAAUUGAACAUCAAGUAGAGUUACUAGAAGUCCUGGGGAUGAUGGAUUCACUGUUUGCUACUAUGGCAAGAAAAAAUCCAAUUCCUUUGGAUGAGGACAAAACCAAAGGCUCAUAGAGGAUGCUGGAUAUUUAACUAGAGAUUGCAUUGCAUUGGACUGGUAUUUCAACCAGAUGUGUUUAAAUACUUUUAUUCAAAGUAUUGCUCUGGAGAAGUCAAAAGUACUUUUUUGAGGGAUCCAAAGUCCUGGUGACUGGUUAGAGCCAAGUCCCUCGGGAUCUCUUUAAGUGUUAAUAUUUCUGCUGAUGUUGUAUAAAGCUGAACUUUAUUUAUACAAUUUUACUGUGGUUACAUGUAAGAUAAUUCAAAUAUCUUUAUUUUUCUGCCAGUUUCCUUGCAGACGAUUUAUUAAAUCCCCUGUUAAUCAAACAAAUAAACAUGACACAAAUUCA